AUGACCGGCGACGCUGACCCCGUGCGUCGUCGCGCGCGACAAAAGACGAAACCGCCCCUCGACGCAUCCCAAGCGUCCGCGCUCGUCCGCGCGCGCGAGAGCGCGUCGCAGGCGUCGAGCGAAGCGUCGGUGAGGAUUUCACUCAGAGGCGCGACGCUGCGCGACGGCGACGCUUUGAUCGCCGUCCUCGAUGCGGCGAAAGAAUCGCGCGCGAAGACGCUCAAUUUGAGCGGCGCGUUACGUUCGAUCCCGGGAGCGGACCUGAGACGCGCGCUCGCGACGUCGGGGGCGCUGGAGGGAUUGGAGGAACUGUCGCUCGCGGAGACGCCAGAACUCGCGGAGACGCCACGGAGCGAUGACGACGAGAUGCGGGACGUUUUCGAAGCCCUGGUGACGGUGAAAGGAUUGAAUUUAAUGCGGUGCGGGAUCGGUGGGCGCGUAUGGGCGCUGGAGCGAGCGAUGGGUACGAAGACGGCGACGUGUCGGAGCGUGAACUUGCGGGACAACGGGCUGGACGCCGACGAUGCGCGAGCGCUCAUACGCGCAUGCGAGGCGAACGAGGCGUUGGAGUCGAUUGUUAUGACGAAUAAUCCCGAGGUGAGCGUGGAGAUGGCGACGGCGGUGCGAGAGCGGAGUCGGAUCAAUUGGCAACGCGCGCGUAGGAUGGAGGCGGCGCGCGGAAUGGAGGUUCGUAAAGACGGUGUCGCGUCGUUUCGGAAGAUAGGUCUAACGGACGACGACGUUCGUGCGUGCAUCGGCGCUUUGCUCGACGAUGGUGUCGUCAUUGAGCGACUAGACGUGCGCGAUAACGCCCUGAGCGAGGUGGGAAUGGAGCUGUUGAGACACGAAUUGGAACGCUCGCCGCCGACGACGAGUGUGAACGCGAGCGGUAAUCCAGGUUUUGCCACGGAUUCGUUCAGGCGGCUUGCCGGUCAGGCAGCUGCAAACUUUAUUCACGUCGAUCGAUGUGAUGAAGCGUUGAAGAGUGUCUCGGAUCGGCAUGUCGGUGACGAAGGCGCGCUCGUCAUCGCGAACGCCUUGCGAGAAAGGCGCGAGAGCGUGCGUGCCUUCGGAGCGCAUCACAACUCGAUUGGGGCGCGCGGAUGCGUAGAACUCGCGAACGCUCUGCUCGAAAAUCAUCGGUCCUUGCGUGAAUUUGCCGUUUAUGCGAAUGACAUUGGCGUUGACGGCGCAAAAGCGUUGGCUCGACUCGUCGAGGUACACGGAGCGCUCGAGGUACUCGACUCGGGGGGAAACGGUAUCGGAGACGAUGGUUGCGUAGCGAUCGCAGAAGCGAUAUCUCGCUCCGUGAACGCGUCUAGGUUGAUCGAGCUACACUUGGAUCACAAUAGCAUCUCGAACAUCGGCGCUCGAGCGCUAUUGAGUGCCUUGCGAGAGCGACAAGCCGCUGGCAACCCGCUUCGCACGCUUUGGAUCAACGGGAACCAAAUUGACGACACCUUAGCGAGAGAACUCACGGAAUGCUGUUCCGGUACAUACGUCCACGACGUCGAAGGCGUUAUCAAUCGCGCCAUGAAUUCGCGCGGCUCGGCACCGACGGAAGAGAUGAUACUCGUCGCCGAACGCGAGGCGGCAGCGGCGAGCCGAAUGCGAGGCUCGGAUUCAUCAACGUUAGCAAACAGAAUAGCUGCGCGCGUCGGCGCGGAGUAUAGAUCUCGAUGUUCCGCGCACGCCGCGGCGACGAGAGGAACAGCGGUGAUUGCUGGAAUCGUCGCGCAAAACGUGAACGAAAAUGAGCCGAGAGACCUCACGGUGCUUUCGCUUGGCGUCGGUACGAAGUUCGUUCCGGGAGACGUCGCGGCAGCAAUCGGAAACAGAGCGGAUGCUUCUCUUUGGGACGCGCACGUGCAUGACAGUCACGCUGAGGUAUUAGCGCGAAGAGGUUUGUUGCGCCUCUUGUAUCGCGAGCUGGAGUCGCUCGUUCGUGCGGGUGAAAGUACGUUCCUUGAGCACAACGCCACAGGUACGGUUGCGCUCAAGCGAGACGUCACCAUACACCUGUACGUUUCCACGGCGCCGUGCGGAGCCGCAAGCGCGGGGCCGAAGGGUGUGGUUAGUCACGAUUGGAACGAUCACGAUGCACGUGAUUUGCAAACGCACGUAACUCCGGAGAUCGAACAAGGCUGGUUCGGACCAUCGUACAAGGGCAACGACGACGAUUCCCUGAUCGAAGGACCUCCCGGAUGCGUUUUGAUAUCGCACGCGUCACGCGCUAUUGGAGUCGCCGGAAAAUCUCUCUCAUGCAGUGAUAAAAUAGCUCGAUGGCACGCCGUUGGCGUGCAAGGAGCGUUAUUGAGUCAUUUCGUCGAGCCAGUGCGUCUCAAAUCCGUGGUGAUCGGACGAAAGUUUGAUUUCUCGCGAUGCACUUUCGCGACAUGUUGUCGCGGCAGACGAAGAGGAGACGGCCCGCGAUCUCAUCCUUGGAUGAUGCACAGCACUAUCAAGCUAGAAUGUGGGGGGGUCGAGAGCUCGAGUGGUGGGCGUGAGCUCGCCGGUGACGGUGAUGAGAGCAUUUCCUGGGCGUUUGGCGAGGGUGACGCCUCCGCGCACGACGGACGCACAGGCACAUCACUUGGCGGCGCGAGCGCGAUUUCAAUCUGCUCUCGCAUCGUUCUCUGGCAUCAGUUUUCGAGUCUGGUCGAAACGAUACGUCAGAGGCCAGAUUGCGCACUGAAAGAUAAGGUGCCGACAGUUGAGCCGUGGUCGUACGAUCAAGCGAAGCGAGCGGCAAGUACGUACGCUGCAGCACGCCGAGCGUUGUAUUUUGAUUGA